UUCUGUGACAGCCGGGUGCCCACUGCGCAUGUGCUGCACUUUGUCAGCAGUCUCUGGUCAUCCCCUUCACUGUCUGUAGUCUCUGGUCAUUCCCUGCACUGUCCGCAGUCUCUUUUCAUCCCCUGUACUGUCUGCAGUCUCUGGUCAUUCCCUGCACUGUCUGCAGUCUCUGGUCAUUCCCUGCACUGUCCGCAGUCUCUGGUCAUUCCCUGCACUGUCCGCAGUCUCUGGUCAUCUCCUGUACUAUGUCCGCAGUCUCUGGUCAUCUCCUGUACUGUGUCCACAGUCUCUGGUCAUCUCCUGUACUGUUUCUGCAGUCUCUGGUCAUCUCCUGUACUAUGUCCGCAGUCUCUUGGUCAUCCCCUGUACUUUGUCCGCAGUCUCUGGUCAUCUCCUGUACUAUGUCCGCAGUCUCUGGUCAUCUCCUGUACUGUGUCCGCAGUCUCUGGUCAUCCCCUGUACUGUGUCUGCAGUCCAUUGGUUCAGAAUAUUUUUUUUUCUUGUUUUUCACCUCUA